AUGAAUAUUACUAAAAAUAUAAGUAUAAUUAUUAACAAACUACCUGCUAUUAGCCUACAUUUAUUUUCUCCUAAAUAUUUACUUUAUACAAAUGUGACUAUAUCCAUUUCUCUUUCUGCUAUGGGGGAUGUAUUAGAACAACAAUAUGAAAUAUUAAAGGGUAAAUGGGAUAAGUGGAGCUUAAAUAGAACAAGGAAUAUGGCAAUAUCUGGCAUGUGUAUUGGUAUAGUUUGUCACUAUUGGUAUAAAUAUUUAGAUGCUAGGUUACCAGGUCGUACAUUUAAUAUUGUUCUAAGAAAGGUUGCUAUAGAUCAAUUAGUCUGUUCUCCACUUUGCAUAGCAAUAUUCUUUUUAACACUGGGCAUUUUAGAAAACAGUAGUUGGACUAAAUUAGAGGAUGAAAUUCUUAGAAAAGCACAUAGAUUAUAUGUAGCAGAAUGGGUUAUUUGGCCACCAGCACAAGUUUUCAAUUUCUAUUUCCUGCCAAAUAAGUACAGGGUUUUCUAUGAUAAUACUAUAUCUCUUGGUUAUGAUGUUUAUACUAGUCAUGUGAAACAUGAUAACAGAACAUGCAAUUCAAAAAAUACUAAACAUUAA